AUGAACGGUCAUUUUCCGAAAUUACACCGGCUCGGACAUCGCCCGGGUGAACAGGGUCCGCGUCCUCUGUCGUGGGACCAGGACAGAGUCGAAAAGUUGGCUACUGGAACAACCAUUUCGUUACAAGCAAUAACUACUCAAAGAACAACAUCAAUACCAACAACAGCACAUAAACCAAUCUCCAACAAACUAAAACUAGCAAAGAAUGUGUUUACGAUCGGUACAUGGAAUGUACGAACACUAUACGAUAUUGUUGGCAUCUCAGAAGUGCGAUGGACAGAUAAAGGUGAAACAGCAAAUGGUGAUUUCAUAUGGUCAGGUGAAAAUAGUGCGCAUAUGAGAGGUGUUGGUAUGUUACUCAGUACACGAGCUCGAAAAGUGCUAAUAGGCUACAAUCCAAUAAAUUCAAAAUUAAUCACAGCAAGAUUCAUGGCAAUACCAUUCAACAUAACAGUAAUCAAUGUAUACGCUCCAACAUCGGAAGCAUCAAAUGAUGAUAUCGAAACAUUCUAUGACGACCUAGAAGAUACAAUAUUAAAAACUCCGAAGAAGGAUAUACUUAUUAUAACAGGUGAUUCGAGUGCAAAGGUAGGCGAUGACAAUGCAGGCUGGGAACAUGCAAUGGGUAAACAUGGUUAUGGAAAACGAAAUGAACGUGGUGAACAAUUAUUGGAAUUCGCAACAUCACACAACUUAUUCAUUUGCAACACAGCAUUUCAACAAAAACCAAACCGAAAAUGGACAUGGGAAUCACCGGAUGGUAUACACAAAAACAUGAUUGAUCUAAUUCUUAUACAAAAACGCUGGAAAUCAUCGGUCAUCAACUGUAGAACAUUUCAAGGAGCUGAUAUCAGUUCCGAUCAUUCCUUAGUUUUGUGCAAUAUAAAACUAAAAUUGAAAAGUGUACCGACAAAACUAAAGCAAAAUCCACGACUUAACACACAGCAACUCAGCAACCCAACAACACAACAUUUAUACCAGCUCCAAUUGGAAAAUCUUCUGGACAAUGUAGACAUAAACUGCAAUAUCAACGAACAUGCUACACAAAUCGAACAAGCAAUCAAAGAAGCAGUACAAACAAAUACAAAAAUCCAAAAGGAGAAAUAUGUACCCAAAUUAAAUAUCAUCAAAAAUCUCGGCGGCUCACUAUCACAAACAAAACAAGAUGUAAUACAAACUUGGACAACGUACUGUUCCAAAUUAUACCGAGAUAAACAUGAUGAUAACAACAAAAUAAUAGAAGAAUUAGAAAAUAUAACAUCACCAGUCAACGACGAUUUAAAUGGCAUUUUAUACAGUGAAGUGGAAGAAGCCAUAAACAAGCUGAAGAAACACAAGAGUCCUGGUAACGAUGGGAUCACGGCCGAAAUGCUUCAAGCAGGAGGAGAAUGCUUAAAGCGCAAAAUAACAUUUCAAGGAGCUGAUAUCAGUUCCGAUCAUUCCUUAGUUCUGUGCAAUAUAAAACUAAAAUUGAAAAGUGUACCGACAAAACCAAAACAAAAUCCACGACUUAACACACAGCAACUCAACAACCCAACAACACAACAUUUAUACCAGCUUCAAUUAAAAAAUCUUCUGGACAAUGUAGACAUAAACUGCAAUAUCGACGAACAUGCUGCACAAAUCGAACAAGCAAUCAAAGAAGCAGUACAAACAAAUACAAAAAUCCAAAAGAUGAAAAACUAA